CAGAGCGAAACGCCUGGUUAUCUGCAGCUGCUUCAGAAAGAGGGGGAUCUGGAAAGAGGGAGGAGAGGAGAGAAAGAAAGUGACAGGAAGCCACCUCAUUAAACACUGACAGUGGGUCAAAGACAGAGAGGAGAGGAGAACGAAGCUGUCCAGAACACACCAUAACCAUAUGGUGGUCUUAAAGCGGUAGAGACAGCAGAAAAAAGUGGUGAUCUGGUACAUCGCAAAAGUAAAGGGAAAACCGAAAGGAAAAUUUCUCUGGAAAAGUUGGAGACUCCAUCAUGUCAACGCUUCCGGCAGAGUCGGGCCCUGAGGAUGCCAAUAAUCAAAGCUUCUGGAUGCCAGGGAACUACCACCAGACAGUCAAGAGGACUGAAGACUCCUUCCAGGCAUGUAAUGAUAUAGUGGCGUGUUUCCAGGAGAGGGCCAGGGUCGAGAGACAGUACGCACAGCAGCUUAGCGAGUGGAGUGCCAAGUGGAAACCCCUAGUGGAUGCCAGUCCUCUCUAUGGCUCUCUUCUGCGAGCUUGGCAGUGCUUCCUCUCUUCCGCUGACCGCCUCUCCUCACUGCACUCCUCCAUCUGCCGUGCUCUCGUGUCCGAAGAUGGAGAUCGCAUUCGGACCUGGCAGAAGGAGACUUUCCAUAAGAAGAUAUUUGGAGGUUUUAAGGAAUCUCAGGAUUUUGAAACCGGUUUCUCGCGUGCCCAGAAACCCUGGGCCAAGAGACUGAAAAAGCUUGAGAAGGCCAGGUCAGCCUUCCACAAAGCCUGCCGUAAAGAACACAUGGCUCGCGAGAGGGAAACUCAUGCUCAAGGAAACCCUGACAUUGCCAUUGAGAAACAGAGAAAGAUCCAGGAAGAGACCGAACUGGCUCACCAGGAGACAGAGAAAGUGCGAGCCCGCUAUGAGAAGGUCCUUGAGGAAGUGACACGUUAUGCUCCACGCUACAUGGAGGAAAUGGAGUCUAUCUUUGACCAAUCACAAGAGGAGGAGAGGAAGAGAAUAAGCUUUCUCAAACAGGCUUUUCUCUCCAUCCACAGGCACUUGGAUGUCACCAACAAUGAAAGUGUGAAAGCUGUGUACAAUGAGCUCCACGACACUCUGAUGUCUAUCAGCGAGCAGGAGGAUUUGCGUUGGUGGAAGAACACACAUGGGCCAGGCAUGCCCACUGACUGGCCUCAAUUUCAGGAGUGGACUCCAGACAAGAAGCAUAAAAAAGGAAAGAAGGAGGUGGAGCAGAAAGCAGCAGUGAUGGAGAGAAGUGUAAUGAUUGGAGGAGUGAGAGUCCGAGCUCUUUAUGACUAUGUUGGACAGGAGACGGAUGAACUCUCCUUCAAAGCAGGUGAGGAGUUUCUGAAGAUCGAGGAUGAGGAUGAUCAGGGCUGGUGCAGAGGCAUGAUGGAUGGAGGAAAGGAGGGUCUUUAUCCAGCUAACUAUGUGGAGGCAGUGUAAAACCACAGCUCUUGGGUCUGUAAAUGUCCACAGGCGACCAGAUUCAAGACUGUUUUACAACCGUUUUCAUUCAAGUUUGCUUGUUUUCUUUGAGCGGAUGGUACACAGGUAUGGGUUUAGAACUCAACAAAAGUUAACUCAAAUGGUUCCCAACCAGUAUGAGAUGUUUUGAAGAAUCUUGGUAGCCAUACUCAUUGACUUCCAUAGUAGGAAAACAGAUACUAUGGAAUUAAAUGUGUAUCAUCUUAAGGAUUUCUUCUUUUGUGUUCAGCAGAAGAAAGUAAUAAGUGGAAGAUUUUACUUUUUUUGGGUGAAUGAUAAGUGAUAAUGAACUGAUAAGUGCAUAAGUUGGGAUCAGAGAAAAUGUUUCCAAAGCUCCGUAACUACGAUCUUACUUGAGAACAAUGUAAUUGUACAUUUUAUUAUGUGUCACUCUGUGGCUUUUAAUCAAAAUGCAGAGAUUUUCAUAUGUUAUGAUAUGAAUAGAUUCUGAGAUUGUGUAAUAUAUACAUAUAGAGAGAAUAUGAACUGCAUUGUCUUGAUGUACAGAAUGGUUGAAGUCCAAAAGAACAGCCUUCCUGUGACAAUUUUAAUAUUUUAAAAAUUGAUACACUAUUUAACCAAAAGUCCCUUUAAGGCAAGUCAUUUCACUCGGCGGCCUUCUUUGAGACUUAUCACUCGGGCAGUAUGCUUGGGCAUUCUGUCUGAAUGGGGAAACAUCAAAUUCUCCAAAACUGCUUGUCAAGCUUAUACGAUUGAAUUUCAUAUCAGGAAUCACCAAUAAAAUUAAACAACAACUGUC